GUCUAACCAGCCAGUCCGUGACGACGCGCGAGUCGACAGCACGCUAGCGCGCGAUUAAAAAACAAAACCGCCAUGUUGUUCGUUGUUACUGUUGCGGUCUUGCUGGCCAGUGCCCAAGCCAAAUUUUACAGGGAUUGUGGAUCGACGUUGGGAUCUGUGUCGAAAGUGGGCGUGAGCGGGUGCGAAGACUCAGCGACCGAGUGCGUCCUCAAAAGAAACACCAAUGCCACCAUCUCUAUAGAUUUCACACCCACGGUAGCAGCCAAAGAGAUAACCACAGAAGUUCACGGUGUCAUCAUGAACCUUCCCGUACCGUUCCCGCUGCCUCAGCCCGAUGCCUGCAAGGGCAGCGGACUGACCUGCCCUCUUAAGGCCGGUGAACUAGCCAAGUACGUGACGUCAUUGCCAGUCCUCAAAUCGUACCCCAAGGUGAAGGUCGAUGUGAAGUGGGAGCUCAAGACGGACGGCGGAGAUUUGGUCUGCAUCAUGAUCCCGGCCAAGAUCAAUUAAUUAUGAUAAAACGUCUUACUACGAAAGGAAGUUCUCCGAAUUAUAUUAUUCGUAAACAAAACGGUGGGUCAUAGACGUCAUAGCUAUGUAUUUCACUUAAGCAUGUGUGAAUGAGAAGUUUAUGGUUAAUAUUGUGUUUAUUGCGUGAAUCUCGUAAAUGUGGUAUUUUCUAUAAAAAGGGACCUUAUUGUCGAUGGCGCUUACGCCAUUAUAAACGAUGCUCCGAUAUAAAUACAAUGUCGCGCGACGCUGUGCGGUGUAAGCGCCAUCGACAAUAAGGUCCCUUUUCAUAGAAAAUGCCCCAAAUAAUCUCUUUAAACCAAGAGUGAACAGGCUGUUACUGAACGUUAGUUCCAUCUUAGGCCCUAUCUUCACUUUCCAUGGUGAUGGUGACUAGGGCCAAUCGCCGAUCAGUUGAUAAUAAAAAAUAAAUAAAUAAAAGAAUAUGAUUAAAGCUGAGAUUCGUGAGAUAAAAUAUUGUAGCUCUAUAUGGUGCGUUGGGGUAAGAUUGAACGGGUUUUUUAUGGGUAAGACAAAAAAUCGUCCGUAUGCCGAAGCAUUACGGGCGACUUUUCAUCUUACCCCGCAUGAAAAACCUGUUCAAUCUUACCCCAACGCACCCUACCUACUUAUACUAGUUGUACUUCACUAACUUCACUGCAAAGCCUCACCAGGAAUAUAUGAUCACGCGCCAUGUUGCGGAAUUUCACUGGAACUAAUAUUUACAUACUUUACUAAACUGUCACCCUAUACAUGAUGAAAAUAACAGCGCCCUCUUGACAAUGAUCAUAUAUUACUGGUCAGGCUUUAACAAUAAAUUGCUUCAUAAGAACCGCGUUAAUUUUGGGGUCAUUAUGAAAUAAGUUUUGAUGUUUUGGACGCCAAUAAUUCCAUUGCGCGUUUCCUUCUUAUAGCUCCUCUACACGAUGGGCCAUCAUAGUGGCCCACUAAGAUGAGCCAGCGUCUAAAGAGGGUAGUGGUGUCGGAUGGCUUAUGGCGUGGCGGGAUGGCAAUGGGAUGGCCACGGUGUCGGUUUUUCGCCCGCACAUCAAAGGUGGGCUUGCGAUGGCAGUAGGUACACAUCUACACGUGACCCAUUCCACAGUGCGUGCUUAAACGCGGUUGAGUGUGGACGUUCGUGCUUUAUAUUAAUUUACGAUUUUUUUGCUUAAAAAGAAGUGUAGGUAGUUGCAAAUUUUCAACCAUCGCAUGGCCAUCGCGCUGGUCCAGCACUGGGCCAUCGUGUAGCUGUAGAGGAGCCAUUAGAAAUAUUCCCAUUUCUAUUGAGGGAAAAAUUACUAGGCGCGGAACUUCACUAUUUGUUAGUAAGAUGAUAAAGAAAUUUAAGUCCUUUAAAAUAAGGGCUAUAGUUGAUUGGCAGAGAUGAAUGAUAUACUCACCUGGCGGACGCCCUUAAACAGUUCAUGUUAAUAUAGGUUAAUGUAUAAAAUACUAUAGCAAUCGCUCAUAUUUCAGUCCAAUAAAAUCCCUUAUAUUUGUCUGUAUCACCUUUUACCUUCAGAGUAUGUUUAAUUAAUUUUUUAAUACUUACGUGGUUAAUUUUAUACGAUAACUAUAAUUUUGUUAUAUUAUUUGCUAUGCAUUUUCAGUUAUGUUAACUAACGUAUUAUAUUAUGUGCUUUGAGAUCUUGCCUGACAUAGUUUAGGAAAUGAAUCUAAAGUAAAAUGACUAACUAUUCUUGUAUAAUUCAUACAUUGACCAAAGUUUUUGUGAUAAUUAUGUAACAUGUAGUUUCUAUAAUAGUUAAGUUUAAUAUUAGAAUAGAAAAGCAACAUCACAAUAACUUAAUUAUUAUUGAAACUACAAAGUUAACGUGUAAAAGAACGAAUAAAACUGAUGAUAAUAAAA